CAUUUCUUAGCACCUGCAUCGCUAUCUCCGCCAUCGUCCUCUUCAAAUUAUUCGUACACUCUGUUUCUCUCAUUUUCGCUCUUUCCCUUUGGCGCGAAUUCUAUCAAAUACACCGCCGUUAACAACCGCCGGCCGCCGGCGAAUCAAAGCUAUUCCUAAUCGCUAUAAUUUUCUGAAAAUUUUCCGGUAGAAAAAUGUCGCACGUUUUGAACUUUUUGGUUUCUUCCUCUUCCUGCUCGCCUACGACCUUCGCAACCUCAAAACGACCUGCAUUUCCUCUCUCCACCAUCCGUUCACGGUUACCGGUUAAAACAUUUCUACGUACAAAAAUCAUAGCAGCUUCAGCUUCAGAGAACGGUUCGGGAGUGGUACGAUCAAGUGCGACGCAGGUGCAUGAUACUUACAAUGCGGUCGCGGAUUUUGAGGUGGACGCGGUGACGGAGGCUGAGUUGAAGGAGAACGGUUUCAGGAGUACGCGAAGGACGAAGCUGAUAUGUACGAUCGGUCCAGCGACGUGCGGGAUUGAGCAGUUGGAGGCGUUGGCUGUGGGAGGAAUGAACGUUGCGCGGAUCAAUAUGUGUCAUGGAACUCGGGAGUGGCAUCGUAUGGUGAUCGAGAGAGUUCGGAGGUUGAAUGAGGAUAAAGGCUUCGCGGUCGCCAUCAUGAUGGAUACUGAAGGCAGUGAGAUUCAUAUGGGAGAUCUCGGUGGCGCUUCGUCGGCUAAAGCUGAGGAUGGGGAAAUUUGGACUUUCACUGUUCGAGCAUUCGAUUCACCAAUCCCGGGACACACCAUUAAUGUUAACUAUGAUGGAUUUGCUGAAGAUGUGAAAGUGGGUGAUGAGCUACUAAUAGAUGGUGGAAUGGUGAGGUUUGAAGUGAUUCAGAAAAUUGGUCCAGAUGUUAAGUGUCUAUGUACAGAUCCUGGACUUUUAUUGCCUCGGGCCAACUUGACAUUUUGGCGGGAUGGUAAAUUAGUAAGCGAACGAAAUGCAAUGCUUCCAACUAUUUCUUCAAAGGAUUGGCUAGACAUCGACUUUGGGAUUGCUGAGGGCGUUGAUUUCAUUGCUGUAUCAUUUGUCAAAUCUGCUGAAGUCAUUAAGCAUCUUAAGAGUUACAUUAAAGCCCACUCUCCUAAUUCUGAUAUUGCCGUAAUUGCAAAGAUAGAGAGCAUUGACUCAUUGAAGAACUUGGAAGAGAUAAUUCAGGCAUCAGAUGGAGCUAUGGUGGCAAGAGGAGAUCUUGGUGCUCAAAUUCCGCUUGAACAGGUCCCAUCAGAACAGCAAAGGAUUGUUCAGCUAUGCAGGCAGCUUAAUAAGCCUGUUAUAGUAGCCUCCCAGCUGCUUGAAUCUAUGAUUGAAUACCCUAUUCCAACUAGAGCUGAAGUGGCUGAUAUUUCUGAAGCAGUUAGGCAAAGGGGGGAUGCUUUGAUGCUCUCUGGUGAGUCAGCGAUGGGCCAGUAUCCUGAGAAGGCAUUGAGUGUUCUAAAAAGUGCUAGUUUGAGAAUUGAAAGAAGCUGGAGAGAACAAAAACACCAUGAAGUUAUUGAACUACCAUCCAUAGCGUCUUCUUUUACUGGCAGUAUCUCAGAGGAGAUUUGCAACUCUACUGCCCAGAUGGCUAACAAUUUGGAAGUUGAUGCUCUUUUUGUUUACACCAAGAACGGACACAUGGCUUCUCUCUUGUCACGCUGUCGUCCUGACUGCCCAAUUUUUGCAUUUACAACCACAACAUCUGUACGUAGACGCCUGAACCUGCAAUGGGGUCUGACACCUUUCCGCUUGAGUUUCUCCAAUGAUAUGGAAAGCAACCUCAACAAAACAUUCUCCUUGUUAAAAGCUCGGGGCAUGGUCAGAUCAGGUGACCUUAUCAUUGCUGUUUCUGAUAUGCUGCAGUCCAUUCAAGUUAUGAAUGUUCCAUGACCACCUGAUUAAGUUUUUUUACAAGUUCUUAGCUGGGAAACCUUAAAAAUCUAUUUGCCAAUCAUAUUAAUAUAUGUUCAUCAGAUUUUUUCUUUGCUAGAGAGUUAACCACCACAUCUUUAUUGAUUAUAUCCAAUUCUUGGGAGCUGGAUCACUGACAUUUGGUGGAACUUAAACUGUUUUAGUAAAGAUAUAUAUGUUGCAAAAUGUACCCAAGUUACAAUUAUUAUUUCCUGUUUCGCAUUAUUUGGAAAAUGUAGCCUCUUCUUGAUUUAUUAAUUGGUACAUUGGGAAAAUGUUCAAAGUUGUCCCUUC